UUUAAUGGGAAACAGUUGUAGAUGUUUUAGAGAAACAAAUAGUAUUGAACAAGAAUCAAUUAUAGGAACAAACAAGCAAUAUUAAAUCGAAUAACAAUAUAAUAAAAUAAAUAUACUUUAAAAUGAAUAAAGCCGAAUAAUAAAUAUCUAAUCAUAAAUAAGGGGAUAUCUAGCCCGAAAGAAAGUAAAUUAAUUAAAAAUAAAAAGAUAUAACGAAAAAGUAAAUGAAUAAUUAGCCACAUAUAGUUCUACAAUAUUGAAUUUCAACCAAAUAAAAAUUGAACCGUUUAAUUAUGGUUUUGACGAUCAAAAUGAUCCAAAUUCUCAUCUAAAAGAAUUUCGUGGAUAAACUGAAUUAGAAAACAAUGCAGUUUACUUUGGAGAAUGGAUUCAAAAUGUCAGAACAGGAAAGGGAAUUUUAACUUGGUAAGAUGGUUCUAAAUACGAAGGUUAUUUUAAAAAUAACAAAGCAAACGGAAGAGGAAGAUUAGUUCAUGCAAAUGGUGAAAUAUAUGAAGGAUAGUGGGAAAAUGAUAAAGCAUAAGGAUAUGGAGUUUAUACACAUUUAGAUGGAGCAAAAUAUGAAGGAUAAUGGAUAAAUGAUUUAUAAGAUGGAUUUGGAAUUGAAAAAUGGCCUGAUAAAUCUGUUUAUGAAGGAAUGUAUAAAGAAGGAAAAAAAAAUGGUAAAGGAAAGUUUACAUGGGUUGAUGGAUCUGUUUAUGAAGGAGACUUCCAAAAUAAUAAUAUUGAGGGUGCUGGCAAAUAUAAAUGGUCAGAUGGAAAAUACUAUGAAGGAUUAUGGGUUGAUAAUAAAAGACAUGGUGAAGGAAUUUUCGAAUGGCCUGACGGAAGAAAAUAUGUUGGAUAAUUUUAUAAAGAUUAAAAACAUGGAAAUGGUACUCUAUCUUUUAAUGAUGGUAGAAAGUAUGUUGGAGAAUGGUAAUUUGAUAAAUAACAUGGAAAAGGAGCUUUUUAUAUGAGUAGUGGCCAUAUGAAAGAAGGAGUUUGGGAAAACGGUAAAAGAAUUGGAGAUUUGUAUAAAAAUAGCAAUAAAGAAAAUAUAAUUAAUUGA